UUGUUCUUCACGUUUCAAUGCUCGGGUGGUGUGCGCCGUUUAAACUCGACGACAAUGCAGCGCGCUCUUCAAGUGUUUUGCGCGUGUUUGGCCGCUGCUAUUACCGUUUUCGUAAGUUUGUUGUUUUUAGCCCAUUAUUCGUGUAACCUGUGGACGAACCGUUCAAACGAAUAACAAUAACUUGUCACAACCGUGGAUUUUAAUUCAUACUUGCCACUGUUUGUUGCGGCGUUCAUUGUUCAGCGUCGUCUACCCGUAUAGACAUUUCGUUUAACAUGACCGCUCGUAACAAUUUAAUUUGUUUUUCAAUCGGGCAGGUACCGUCAGGUGGUAAUAUUAAUGUGAAACGCAUGAGAACGCGGCUCAGUGGAGUACCUUCUGAAAAUUAAACGUCUAUCAUUUACCUACUUUAGCAUGUGUGUUGUAUUGUUGUUUUUGUUUCAUGUGUACAAAGGCGACUCGAGUUACGGGGCUCGAAAAAUUGAACGAUAUUAUCGCCUCUCAACGCGGAAACGAUGAUUAUGAAGACGUUAUCUCAAAAUGCAGAACUGAAACAGAGUCGUCCGCGGGUAAUGUUAUUUUACAAUAAUGACCAAUAACUAAUUAUGCAAAAAAUCAAUUUAUUUUACACGUAAUGUACAUCCGUACCUAUUAGUAAUCUGGGUCCGCUAAUAGUUGACAUUUUUGAUGUAGUCCUAACAUUUUUUUUAGGGAACUUGGGUUAGUUACCUACUCCUACCCCCCUCCCGCCCCCUACCAUUAGGGAAUACACUUUUACUUGAUUACGAAUGUUUAUCUGUUUAGAGUGCAUAUUUAUAUAUAUUUUUUAAUCAAUGGCAUGCAUGUAGCUCAAACUAACAAAAUGGUACGUUAGGAAUUCGCGAGUACAAUUGUAUUUUAACAAGGCAUAAUAGAAAUCUGCAGUGCGUGUUAUAGACAGAGUGGCUAAAUGCAGGCGAUCGAAAAUGUAACUUAAGGUAUACUUUAAGUAACAAGAAUUGUCGACUAUGCAAUUUUGCGGAAGCGUGCUUAAAUGUUUUAACGGCACUUUAAAUUCGUUUAAAAUAAUCACUAACGAAAAUCUAGUGUUUUUUUUUACCUCGUGAUUUUUAAAUAAUUUGACCAAUUUAAAUUUGGGGAAAUUUUUAGAGCAAUACGUCACGUUGUAAAUUGCCUGUCAAAGCGACGCAUAAUAUACGGGAGUUACCCAUUACAUACGUCGCAUAGAGUAGGUAUAUAAUACAUUACCUACCUGAAUGUUUAUUUGAAUAAUACAGUACUUACCUGCAAAACUAUAAAAUAUAAUGUACUUAUAUUUAAGUAUUAAUAAUAUUUAUGUUUAGCCACAUAUUAUAAUAAACCGUCCGGAGAAACAACAUUACUGAUAACACGUAAAGACCAAGUAAGUUAAAGGCGUAUUUAAAACGAAUUUAAACAAAAAAUAAUAUAUCUAUAAUUUAUUUAUUCGUAUUUCAAUUCUUUUUUUACUCCUUUGCGUUCAUCCCAACUAUUUGGGGUCAGCCACCCCUGUUCUAAAUUUCAAUUUGACUAGAAUCUCCCACUUUGCAUACACCAGCAGUCUUUCUCAGGCUUCAUCUCUACCUCUUUCCUUUUGCGUUUAUUUUCAUUGCGAUUCUUGCUGCUUUAAAUUUUUCUCUUCCCAUGACAUGCUCAAACCAUCGCAGUCUAUUUUCUCUCAUUUAUCUACUAUUGAAGCCAUGUACGCCUAAGCUGCCUCUUAUGUAUUCAUUCCUUAUCACAUCUUUUCUCAUCACUCCACUCAUUCAUCUAAGCAUUCUCAUUUCUGCUGCACUCAUUAUGGACGUAAAUAGGAGGGAUUAGUCCUCCCUGAGUCAUUGUGAGCCCUCCCUAAGAUAUUUUAGUAUAUAUUUAAUCUUUAUUAUAAUAAAUUGUAUAAUUUAUAAUGAUAAUAGUUAUAAAUAUAAUAAUAGUAAUAAUAUGUAUUGGUAGGUUUUAAUUGAAUUUGUGUUUUGACGUUUCAAUUAUUGAUGGGCGGAACCUACUAGUUUUGACUUGGAUUGUCAAUUGAUAGUUUCCAAAAACAACGGAGAGAUUUAUCGACUGAAUUGAUAUUUUUAUUCGUCGAUUGCUUUGAAAACUAUCGAAUGAAUUGGUCGAUAGUUAUCAUUCAGUAGUAAUUAGUUCAACAGUCGAUUCUAGAAACAAUCCAGUAAAUUGAUAAUUUAAAAAAAUCGAGUAGUUCGAUAGUUUUCACUUGGUAGUGGUCAUCACCAAUUCCUAUGUUUCAUUUAACUAUGAUCUAUGGCCCAUUAUAACGGCCUGCCGCCCAAAUGUAUCGUUGUGCAGCCAUGUGGUUGUCGGUGGUCUUUUUGGGCUCAAGCCCUAUGUAUUUGAGUACCCUAUUUACGUCCAUGACACUCAUUCUCUGUUCUAUUUUUCUGUCUACCCAACACUCCGAAUUAUACUACAUAGUUAGUCUCACCGCACUUUUUUAUAGGACUAAACUUUAAAUUUCAUUGGAAUUCUCUUAUUAAAUAAAAGACCUGACGCUUCUCUUCACUUUAUCCAACUAUACUUAAUCUUAUGCUUCACAUCCUUAAAAACCACUAUUAUUUUGUACAAAGAUCCUAGGUGCUCAAAACUAUCGAUCUCGCCGAUAACUGUUUAUUGUCGUUAGUUGCCUUGUCCUAUUCGGUGUUUUGUUUUACUUAUACUUAUCUUUAGUCUCUUUCCUUCAAGUACUAUACUCCAUUCCUCAAACCUAUUGCUAACUUAUUCCAGAUUUUAUUCUAUCAAAGCUGUAUUAUCUGCAAACUUUAUGCACCUACCAUGGUAGAUACCCUCUUCUCACCUGUUGUUCCCACGUACAUCUAAUGUGGGAUAAAUGCCAAAUUCCUAUUUAGAACUAACUCCUCAUAUUGUUUGACAUAAUUUUACUCCGGUUGUUCACCUGAUGCAACCUCAUUUAUCACCUUUAUAACAGGUAGAGGUACCGUGGAAGUAUUCUUAUCCCCUCCCACGGGGAGAAUAUUAUUGUAAACCAUAAAGUGGAUUCCUCCAUCCUACAGAACCAAUACCAUGUAUUCACCUAGGUUUUCCUCCAAUAGGACUUCGGGCUCCCGGGUUUGCUAAAUAUUUGAAAAAAAUGUAUUCGUAUUUUAAUAUAACUAGUGUUUUUUUUUUCUUUUAGUGUUUGCUGGCUUGUUUGAUGAGAAAAUACAAAAUAGUAAGUACCUAUACUUAGUAUACUUAUAUAUAUUAUAACGAAAUAUCUGUGUUGAAAUUGGAACAUAAAAAAUAACAUUACGAUUGGUUGUGUAUUUGUAUAUAUGCAGAUCGUUACGGGGAGACUUCAGAAGGAAGAGUUGAUUAGAGUAGUACAGGCAUAUUAUCAAAAUAAUUUGAGAAAAAAGCAAUUUGUAAAUUACGUUAUCGAAACAUGUGCGAAAAAAGGUAACAGUAUAUAAUAAUAAUAGUUAUAGUGUUAGUACUUAUAUUAAAUGUAAGAAUAUUUUUAUUUCGAGUAAUAAUCAUUUCACUCUGAUGUAGGUUUUUUGACAUAAACAUUUGAAAACAAUUUUUACGACCCAGGGAAAUAUUUUAAUAUUUUGAAAUUUUUGAACAAAAUUUUGCAUUUCAGAUUCUAAGUGUAUUUUUACUAAGAUGUGUUUUUUUGUUCUUGGAAACACUUAUUCGGUUAAUAAAAAUAAUUUUUUCGCACUAUACCUUAAAAGAUACGGAUUUCUCACCUGAUGGAACUAUUCGAACAAGUUGUCGAACUUCCCAAUUUUAAAGUAUUAAAAUAAUGUAAACAUUACAUUAAAACGUUGGAUCGGAUACCUGGUCAACUUGUUGAGUGUUUUUAAUUUAUUAAAUUGAAUAAACCACUAGUUAUUUAAUUUGUUAUCGGUACUACACUGUUUUAAGAUGUUCAAAAUAUUGUAUCAUAAAAACUAUUUAACGCCCACUAUGACCUAUAUUUACAGAAUAUUUUGAACAUUUUCUAGAUUAAUUACCUAUAUGUGUAUUAUAUAGAAGACUAAAUAGUGGACAACUGCAAUAGCGAUAACGCCGUUGUCAUUGUUAUGCAUGUUUAAUACACAUAUUAUUAUACACCUAGGUACUUAUUUUUUCAAUAUUUAUUAUAUAGAUACUUUUUUAAUUGACAAAUACCGUGCAAUUUUUUGAACUCGAGAUACUUCUCGAUUUAUGUUAAUUUUAGGUGUAGAAAGACCUUUCGGAGUAUAAUUAAACACACGUUCAACUCGCAUCAUACUGAUAAAUAUUCAAUGGGCAAUAAUCAAAACUCUAUUUACCGAUAUGUAUAUAGUUUUCGUUUUACUUUUUUCGUGCAAAAAUUAAAUAUUCUGUACCGAUACCUAUAUUAAUUUAUAAUGUUAAUUAUUAUACAAGUAUAAUUUACGUAUAUAUUUUUUAAAUUUCGUCCAACUUUUUCAGUUCAAUGGUUCACAGAUGAAUGCACAUUGGCCGGUGCUCUAACUAUUUGUGUGACUGACGAAUCUAAAAAAUAUUAUAAUAUGUUGUCCAGAUACGAGCGUCCAUGAGACAUCACUUCGGAGCAAUUCCCUUAUCACAUAAGUACAUAACCGCUCUUGAUCACAGUUAUAAUGUUUAAUAACUAUUAAACGUGAAAAUAUAUUUAAUAAAAAGAC